CACAGUAACACAGUGCCAGCAGGCGGUAAGGUUGGUGCAAGAGUUGAACAGCGGCGGCCAAGGCCAGUAAGUUUGAACCCCUCCCACCCCCUCCACUAGAACUUUCACUGGUGCAGCAAACAGCUGAUGAGUGAGCAGCUCCACAAUCCUUCACUUUUCGGCUUCAACAUCUUCAGACAACAGAGUGCACUAUGAUUGUCAACGCUUUACACCUAACGAUGGCGCUAGCGGUGGUGUCACUGAUUGGGAUGGUGGAGGCACGCCCAGCUGGUCCUGUGCUCUCAUUGGUCGGCCUGCUCAAGGACAGUGUUGCCGGGACGCCACAGUUCUUCAACAAGCAGAAGUGGGACUUCGAUCCGGACGUCGCCAGUCGACGACAAGUCGAAUUUCAAAAGGUUCACGGCUACCGAUCAUUAAAACUGAUAGAGGAGCUGGGUUUGGGCGAAGACGGAAGGAAACUGGAGAGGUUGCAGCAGCAGAGGUUACGUGACCAGUACGUGCCUGUGAGUGGCCCAAUCUACGAGCACAGACGGUAGUGACAUUGACCUCGUCACAAUAUACUGCGCGCACAUAACCAAACUAGUUCCGUUGAAAUCAAUGAAUAUUGAUUUCCAAAGAAAUUUGGUUGUAUUGCGAUCAAUAUGUAAACGGAUAUUGAUUUAAAUCUAAAAUAUUGGUUGUUUUGCGAUCAAUAUUGAAAAACAAUUUGUUGCAAUCAAUACUGAUGAAGGCUAGAUAACCAUUUAUUGUGGGAUAACAAUGUUAGCUUAGAACUUAGAUGAAUAUUAAUUUGUCACACAUUAACAAUCAAUUUUAUAUAGUUACCUACUGUAUUAAUUGUAUCAAUCAAUACCAUCUUCCAAAUAAGGAAUUAUUAUGAAUGGAAAUCUGUUACCAAGAUAAAGCCUACUAAUUAGUUACCAAAAAAAAGAACAUGACCUGCUAACAGAACUCCCCAAAAUACUCAGGGUUAGAGCAGAGGAUAUUAUUAAAUAUAUUGUAAAUAAUUAAAAUAAAUAUUAGGAUAUAAUAUAUUUAUUUUUUGCAUACCUAAAACUAAAAAUUGAACUUUCAAGAGCUUGACAUCUUUUAUAAGUAUAUUUUUUCUAUUGGAUUAAAUUUUCAGGAUAGAGUAAAAAAUACAUCAGAUGUGGAAAGCCAUUGAGAUUGGAAGGACCAUUAAUUUUUUAGUUUCAAAAAGAAAAUGCUCUUUAUGAAUCUAAACAUAAUGUUUAUGUUUUUCUGAAUCUCUUGUUGUUUUCUUUUCAAUAAGAUGUGUCAGUUUAAAUAUAAAGCUAUUUAAUUCAAUUUGUUAUAGGCUAUUCAAAAUAGUUUAUCAUAAUAAAAUAUUUGUUAAUCCUGAAUUUAAAUAUCCCGGAGAGUAUAAUUAUCUUUCUCGGGCCACCACAUGUUCCGGAUGGACACUAAUAGCCGGUCCCGGCUGUCUAAAAGCAGUCGAUAAGCCAUGUCAGAGACCCUGCAAUUGAUCAGGUGCGACCUGAAAAAUCCGAGACUAGACCUGAGCCAGCCAUGGACACUCGGCAUCCAUUUUAUUCAUUUGAAAUAUUAAAAUGGGGUUUGUACUAUAUAUUUAUUAUGUAGGAUACCCAUUGCGAAACUGUGUAACUAUACCUUAUACUUAAAUUGCUAGGAUUGGAGUAGAUUGUUUCAAAAUCAAAUUCGACAUUCUAUCCUCAAAAUCAAAAAAUUAAGACUGAUAUUGAUUUUAUUAUUAUCAAUACCUAAAUUGCUAAAACUUGUAAAACUUAGUUGAAAUUAUAAAGAAACAGCUGGAAAUAUUCUAGGAUGAAUAUGUCAGAUCACUAGAUAGGUUAUUAAAGACAGAAUAAUUUAGAUAGGAUCGGAUAAGGUAGUUUUAGUAGAUUUCUUAUGUUCCUAUAUUCAUUUAAUAAAAAUGUAAAUAAAUUAAGGUUGACUACUU